UAGUGUGUCACUUUCUCUCUAUUUUAACUGAUCUUUUCUUACGACUUUCACAAAUAUUUUCCAAAUUUUUCAUAGUGUGUCUAAUAUUGUAGACGUAAAUGUAUUAAAUUUGUUUUUAGCGGUUUAAAAAUUCUGUAAAUGGGUUUUUUUUCUUACGAUUUGGCAAAAUAAAAAACGAUUUAUCAGCUAUUUUUUCACAGGUAGCGAUAUUGCACAAAAGCAAGUGGGGUGUGGGUAAGGAUUGAUUUAAGAAGCUUUUUUUUUUAAUGUAUUACUUGAGAUUUCAAAUCUGUUGGCUUUUGCUGUUACUAUAUUUAAAUCCCUUUUUAAUAAAUUUAAAAAGUCAACCUACGAAUCAUGGGUAUAGUUCGAAUACAACUUUUAACGUUGAUGCAUCACUUAAAUCGUCCAACAUAUCAAAAAAAAAUAAGACAUUACCUGAAUUUCCAUUAACAUUAUAUAAUGAUUUUAUCAAAUCGCAUUUAACGGAAUCAUUUUCUUUUAAGCAAAAAAAAAAAGAUACACAAUUUUUAUAUAAAUUAUUAGAAUGCGUAGAUACUGAUAUAAAUUGUGCGUAUCAUUUAGGAAAUCUUUAUUUUCAGGGACUUGUAGUACCGAAAAUUGUUUCUCCAUAUGACUCAGGAAAAAAUUUAACUCGUGCUAUAGGAUUAUGGCAUUAUGCAGCAUCUGAAGGAAAUGCGAAUGCACAAUAUCAAAUGGCUCUUGUGUACUCAACAAUGUAUAAUCCACCAUCUUUUCUUAUGAAUCCUCAAAAUGUAUGGAACCAUCUUCACUCGAAAACGUUGAUGAAAACCAUCCCAAAACAAUUAAAAUGUUGGAAGUCACAUCAUGAUAAAAUAGAAUCAUUAAUCCAAAAUUUAUCGACACUUGAAAUUUACCGAUUUGUUUUAUCAAUGAAAGUGUUAGACUUCCAAGGAGAACCUCAAAAAUUACAUGAAUACGAAUCCAGGCUAGUUAAACAAUUUGUCAAGCAUUCGUAUCAAACAAAACAACGGGCAACGAACAAUACAAUAUCCAAUGUGUGCCUAGCCAAACCCAUUUUGCUUAACAUUUUUUCUGAUCACCAUUCUAUUGAAAACAAUCCUCAGCAUAACGUAGCAUUGGCUCAAACCUUUCCAUUACAUAAACGUGAUGGAUUGGCUGUUUUAUAUAUGUAUUUAGCGGCUCAAGGAAAUCAUGUUGGAGCACAGAUAAGCUUAGGAUAUUUUCACACGCAGGGCUUGCAUACUCCACAACGUUGUCAUGCAGCUGCAGCUUAUUACCUACGAGUUGCUCGAGAUGUAGUGAAAAUAUCGAGUCAUGGUAUUCCUCAAAGUAGUAGUAAUAUACGUGUGAGCCUUUUGGGUUUAGAAACAGUUUAUGAUAUGGAAAAACUCAAAAUCCUUUCUGUUGCAAGAGAUUUGAAAUCUCAUUAUUUAGAUUUACAAUUUCAUGUUGCUCGCACGGGUGAUCCUCGGUCCCAGACAGCUGUGGGUAAACUUCAUUUAUUUGGAAUAGAACAUUUACCUCAAAAUUUCAAAAAGGCAUUCCAUUAUUUUAGUUUAGCUGCACAAAGUGAUUAUAAAGAAGCCAUAUCUUAUUUAGGAUACCUUUACGCGCUAGGGCUUGGUACCGAACGGAACCUCGAUAUGGCUUUCAAACUCUUCUCUUAUGUCAUCUCUUCUUCAGAUAAUAAUUUAGCACAUAAUGGCCUUGGAUAUAUUUAUUUUAAAGGAACAUCGAAAAUAGGUCAAGAUUAUUCAAAAGCAUUUCAACAUUUUAAUAUAAGCGCUUCGAAUGGAUUUCCUGAUGCACAAUAUAAUCUUGGAUCCAUGUAUCUUUCAGGCGUAGGGGUUGAUCAAUCAUUCACGAAAGGCUUUCAUCUCUUAUCUCUAGCUAUGGAGCAAGGCCACAGUGUAGCAACGUACAUGAUGGGCAUUGUUCACCUUAAUGGUAUCGCAACAGUUCGUGACUGUUCUUUAGCAACCAAGUUAUUUCGUCGCGUGGCAUUGAAACAUUCAUGGGUUGUUAAACGUUUACAAAAAGUAUCUGUUUUCUUGCGAAGAAAUCGUAAGGAGGAAGCAGCAUUUCUAUUUUGGUCCCUGGCAGAAACAGGUCACGAGGCGUCUCAGAGCGAUUUCGCUACAUUACUUGAUGGUGGAGGGAUGUUUACUUUGGUUGGAGAUCGCGUAGAAAUAUCUAGGCCUCUGUCUUUCUUGCAUAAUAUUAUGAGUUCAAUUCCAGUUCUAAAACGUUGUUUUUUUAAACCCACCUCUUUAUUUUCAUUAGACCGAUAUCCAAGUAUAAGCGUCAAUCGAGCGUUUGCUCAAAGGUACUGGGAAUUAGCAGCAGCUCAAAAUUCUCUUCAAGGCUACUGUCGUCUAGGUGAUUACGCAUAUAAUGGAUGGGGAGUGAAACCUAUGAAUGAGAACUUGAUCGAUUUAACCACAUUUCGCAUAGUUACGGGAAUUGAUUUAUCAGACAUUCUUCCAGAGAAAGAUACGUUUUUAGAUAAUAAUGGUGUUCCAUUGUCUGACUGGGCACAACCACGUGUCAUGUUUCCAUCUUCUCAUGCUCGACAAUCCCUUCCUAAUUAUCAAGCUGCUUUUCGAUUUUAUGAAGCUGCUGUCACCUUCGAUCCCUCAUUACACCCAGCAGGAUUAACUUAUGUUCCUGAAGCACUAUUUCUGCUCGCUCGACUUUAUCAACUAGGUCUUGGGACUCCUAGAAAUCUUUAUAUGGCAGCACAGCAAUUACAAAGACUUAUUCAAGUUAAUACGUCAACAUCAUCUAUUGUAGGAAAAGUGUAUAUUUUUAUAUUGCGUCUUCAUUCUGUUGUGUUAUACUUUCGUGAAAAAACAUUACUUGGAGUCAUUUAUGAAGACAAACGUUUUUUAAUUAUUUUUAUAAAUCUUCUUGGUUUAUGCGUUGCUUUUCUUUGUCAAUUUUUUUUUAAAGAACAUCAUUAAAUCUUUUUUUUUUUCACACAUUCAAAUCAAUUGGUCAGUCAGUUACCCUGGAUUCCCUCUAUCCACUCACUUGAUGGGAUCUCAGAGUAUACAUUUAUACCUCUUUUAGAUGGUCUUUGUUUUAUAAUCCUUGAAAACCCAAAAUAAAAUUUUGAAAUUGUGUCUCUUAUUAUAAGGAUACUUUUUUUUUUUUAAGAGUUAUAACUUAUCAAGUUUUCGAAACACGUUUGUGUACCAGUUUUAAGAGUGCAUUUGGCUCUUGAAAUAUAGUGUGGUAACAAUACAGCUGAAAUUGGUUUUUAAUUUGUGUGUGUAAAUUAAUGAAGAAAUAAUGCGUAAUCCGAAGUAUUCAAAUAUAUCACAACCAUAUGAAUGGUCUGAAGACAGAAAGUGCAAUGUAAUUGUUUCUACGACCAAACUGUAUUAUAAUGCUAUACAAUUUUUUUCAGAAUCCU